AUGAUUGAUAACGAGACUUUGUCUAUAAGAAUGCAAAAAUUGUGUGAAGGACCUAGGAUACAGAGAUCGUCAUUCGUUCAUUUUCCUUUUCUCUUUUUUUCAAAUGUUUUACAGAGAAAGUCUGUGGUUGCAGUGAGCUUCGUAGCAGCGUUUCUCUUCCUGCUGAUUGUGCGCCUUGUAAAUGAACUGAAUUUCCCAUUGUUACUCAACUGCUUUGGACAACCUGGUACAAAAUGGAUACCAUUCUCCUAUACCUUCAGGCGGCCUCUUCGAACUCACUAUGGAUACAUAAACGUGAGGACGCAGGAGCCUUUGCAACUGGACUGUGACCUUUGUGCCAUAGUGUCAAACUCAGGUCAGAUGGUUGGCCAGAAGGCAGGGAAUGAGAUAGACCAGUCCUCCUGCAUUUGGAGAAUGAACAAUGCCCCGACCAAGGGCUACGAAGAAGAUGUUGGGCGCAUGACAAUGAUUCGAGUUGUAUCCCAUACCAGCGUUCCUCUUUUGCUAAAAAACCCUGAUUAUUUUUUCAAGGAGGCGAACACUACUAUUUAUGUUAUUUGGGGUCCUUUCCGCAAUAUGAGGAAAGAUGGCAAUGGCAUCGUUUACAACAUGUUGAAAAAGACUGUUGACAUCUAUCCAAGCGCCCAAAUUUAUGUCACCACAGAGAAGCGCAUGAGUUACUGUGAUGGAGUUUUUAAGAAGGAAACUGGGAAAGACAGAGUCCAGUCUGGCUCUUACCUCAGCACUGGGUGGUUCACGUUCAUUCUGGCUAUGGAUGCCUGUUAUGGCAUUCACGUCUACGGGAUGAUAAAUGACACCUAUUGCAAGACAGAGGGGUAUAGAAAAGUCCCUUACCAUUACUAUGAACAAGGAAGAGAUGAAUGUGAUGAAUAUUUUCUUCAUGAACAUGCCCCAUAUGGAGGCCAUAGGUUUAUCACUGAAAAGAAAGUGUUUGCUAAAUGGGCCAAGAAACACAGGAUAAUAUUUACACACCCAAACUGGACAGUGUCUUGAUAUUGGUUUUUCUGAUCUUGCCAUACAACUUGACAUGAUCGUGAUACUGCAACUGCGAUGCGAAAGAUGCUAUGAUGAUGAUAAAGACAGCAACAAUGAUGAUCAAGAUUCUGUACAUUCUCAGAUGAUGACUCUGCCAGUAAUUUGGACUUGGGAUUCUGUGGUGGGUGGUUGUGCUCAUUACA